CCCCUAUCGUUCGUCUACCGUUCCCCUCGUCAUUCCCUUCAAUCACCUUGAAGGUAAGCUUCCCCUGUCCAAUCCAAGAAAUGGAUUUCCACAGCCUAUCGAGGAGAGAUCUACAGGCGCUCUGCAAGAAGAAUCGGAUUCCAGCCAACGUGACCAAUGUCGCCAUGGCAGAUGCCCUCCAAGCUCUCCAAACAGUUGAAGGUAUCGAAGAAAUCAAAGAAGCAGCACAGUUUCAGUCACCUACCUCCUGGAGAACCUCAGCCCGGAGAGUACCUGUUCCAGAUGAACCCAAAGGGCAAGAGGGGAGUCCCCUGCCUCGGGCUCGUCGUGUGGCCAUUAAAGCUUCGGAGAUAAUGCAACUAGUUUCUGAAGGAGAGGAGGAAAAGAAGGAAGGGCCAGAGGAGAUGCCCAAGACCCCAGCUGUUCGCACGGGUUGGAAGCCUCAGGCAGCACCAAGCACACGAAGAAAUCAAAGAAGCAGCAAGAAGGAAGAAAAGGAGCCUCAAGAAGAAGGGCCGAAAGAGAUCCCCAAGACUCCGGCGGCCUUGACUGCCCGAAACACAAGAAGGAGGGCAAGCAAGAAAGAGGAAACAGAUGGGCACGAGGGCGCUCUGGACGUAGCCAUUACCCCAGCCACCAGAUAUGGCCGGAGAGCGUCGACUCAAAAGGGAGCUGAAGCCCCCAUCGCAGGGGAAGAGAAGCAAGACGAAGCUGUGGGCUUCAGGAGCACCCGCAGAACGAGGCAGUCUGUAAGGAAACAGAUGGAAGAGACCACCCUGGAUGCUGUGCCAGAUGUGGGGAGAAGGGCUACGAGGACAAAAGCUGCUGUCAAGAUGGCAGCUCUGGCCCAGGGAGGAGGAGGAGAAGAGAAAAAAGAUAUCGCUACCAAGAAUUCGACAGAUCAGAACAAGCAUCCUGUAGAAAUUCCUGAUGAGAAAUCUGAUCGAGUGCUGAUGGAGGAGGACGUGAAGAAGAAUGGAACCAUUUUUGAUCUCUAUUCCAGAGAUUCAGAGCCCGAUGAUGGAGUUCAAGACUCGGGCACCGAUGGAAAUGAUAAUGGAACGAUGCAAGAAACCAAGAAUUCUACUCCUAUGGGAAAGAAUUUGGGCACUGGAGCGGAAGGAGAACAGAUCUCGGAGGAGGAGUUUGGUCAACAAGAAGAUCAUGUCUUAUCUAGAUUGGAUGAAUCACCGAUCAGAGGGUUGAUAUCCUCGGAAAAUAAUCAAUGGGCAAUUCAAGAACAGAAGGAGACGUUGGAUGGAACACUGGAGGAAAAUCUAACAGGGACGGAUGGAGGGUUCGAAGAUGAAAGCAGAGGCAGCAACAAUCUGGAUUUCGCUCUCCCAAAUCCUUCCCUCUCCAACGAAAUUCCGGCGAACGGUGAGGACUCCGGCCACCACAUGCCAGAAACCAAGGCUGCCGGAGACUCGCCACUCGUUCAAGAGAAUCUGGCAGUGGAUCUCCUUGGUGGGAUUGAGGCGACCGGGGAACAGAUCCCGGUGGAUCUCAUUCAUAUUAAAGAAGAAGAGGUGAUCCUCGAUCUCUUACCAAUCGGCAGGAGUUUGGAGGAAACCAAGGUUUUCGACAACGAGCUGCCAGUGGAUCACGCACUGGAGACCAAAACCUCUACAGAUCUACAAGGUAAUUUAGAGAUUGAAGACGGCCCAGCCAAAUUCCCGUAUGGUAUUCCGGCCGUAGAAGCCAAUGAUUCCAGCGACAGCUUUGAGAUCCCAGAGGAUACAGAGGAAUCCGGUAAUGGUAUGAAGGCAUCGGAGACUGAAAUAUCGAUAGAUUUGCACUCUAGUCAGAUUCCGGCCGCCGAAACCAAUGAUUCCGGCGAUAGCGUCGAUUUCCCGGAGCAUACCGAGGAAUCUGGAGCCAGUAUACUGAUUAGUAAGCAGACGGCACCGGAGCCUGAGAGCAUCCACCAGGCCGCUUCUUCUUCUCGUCUCCAGCAGUCUCCCUCGCCAUUCCCAAUCGUGCAGAGCUCGGAUGACAUCCGAUCUCCGGCCAAGAUCUUGGCUCUGGAUGGAGACCAGAUUGGAGACCUUGUAGCCUCCACCGUCGGAUCUCCAGCGAAGACCUCGGUUCAGGUUGAUGAUCUGAUCGGAUGCCCACAGGAAUCCCGCACGGAAUCUUCGGCUAAGACAAUGGAUGACCUCGGGGAUCCGGCCAGAGGCUUCGCGGACUCCGGAGCUCCGGUGGCUACUCCGCUGGAUCACGGUGGCUACGAGACCGACAGCAAUGGGAUUGUUCUGGAGGUCAAGGGAGGCGAGGACGAGAGUGCGGCGGUUGACACAGGGAGUGGUGGCGGUGACGGUAAUAAGGAGAAUAGAAACGGAAGUGUACCGAGUGGGCUGGCUCUGGUGUAUAUUGGAGGCGGAGAAGCGAAGGUGAAAUCAAAGGCGGGGAAGCCAAGCCAGCCCGACUAUAAUAGUUUGAGCGUGAGAAAGCUGAAGGCAAUAUUGAGGGAGAGAGCCAGCAAUCUCAACAAUAAAAAGGUGGAGGGGAAAAGGGCAGCUUUUAGCGAGCUGAAUGGUGAUGAUGGGUGCUGAUGAUGCUGACGGCUUCAACUCGGAGAGAAACAGAAAUAUACAUGAGCUUAAGAUUUUUUUUUUGUUUUGUUUAAAGAACAUCUUUUUUCUUCUAGUUUUGCUUUCUAUUAAUACAUUUUUGGGUGGUGAUAUUGAAGUCUCUGAGUUGGGUUUUGGGCUGGGAAACCAAGGUUUCUACAGCCCCCCUUGUAUUCCCCAUUUUUCUCCUUUCUUUUUCCUUACCUGGCUGUUGCUAGUGUAAAAGGAUCAAUUUAGAUGUGGAUGGCUGUUUGUUAUACAGAGCUCUUAAUA